AUGUCAUCACAUGUAUGUUCUGAUGCUACAUAUAAAUUAGUAUGGCAAGGUUUUCCUGUCCUAAUCGUUAGUACAACUGAUUUAAACAAAGCAUUUCAUUCGUUUGGCUUAGCAAUAUGUUCAGAUGAAAAAACGAAAGAUUUUGAAUUUAUCUUUAAUUGUAUUCAAAUUGGAUUGAAAAAAAUAAAUAAAGAUUUAUUAAAACCAACUGCGUUGAUAUGUGAUGCCGCUGAUUCGAUUAAAAAUGGUUUUAAAAAUGUUUUUGGCAAUUCUUAUAAUCAAACAAUGUGUUGGGCACAUAUGAAAAGGAUUGUUGAAAAUCGUAUAUAUCAUAUAAAUGAUAAAGAUAUCGCAAAAGUAAUAAUAGAAGAUAAUGAGAUGCUUCAAUUAUGCAAUUCUACAAUUGUAUUUAAACUAGCAUUAACAUUAUUUAUGAAGAAAUGGAAAAUGAACAACAAACAAACAAACAAAUCAAUCAAUCUUAGAUUUUUUGAAUUAUUUUGA